CGACACGACCCGUGUGCAGCCACUUCUGAACGAACAGAACACCUCACGGACGGAUAAACGCACAUACCGCCUCCGCAUCUAAUCAGCUUCCCCUCAUGCUCGCGCCACGGCUGUUCGUUCCCUCUAUGUGAUCCACUGGCGUAGGCUACUCAGUCCAUUGGUUCUUGCUUGAUGACUAUUGGCUCCUCCUUCAACACUGGAGCUGCGAUCGACGCCGGCUCGGGCUGCGGCAGUGUGGGGGCCGCCGCUGGCUCGGUGUGGGGCAUCGUCGAGUCUGUCGGCGGACACUGGGGGUCCGGCUCGGGCUCGUGGAUGACCUGCACCCACUCAGACAAACAUAAUUAUGUCUGGGCCCCCCCUUCAGUCUUACCGCUCUGCGUGUACGCCACGUGGCGGCCUCUCGCACCCACUCCUCCCCCCUCCCCAGCGACUCUGCCUCUUCGACCAAGGCCUCCACAGCCGCCAGGAGGGUGGCGGUGUCUUGCCGAAUGGCCCCCAGCAGUUGACGGGAAUACCACUUGUGAGAGCUUACGACCACGGGCAUCCUAUCGCCACGCUGCCAACGGGGAUAGGUGAUCUGCUCUGCUGCAGCGGGGGGGCCGUCGGCAGGGGUGCGUUCUAUGUCGCGGUCGUCGAAGUGCUGCUUGAUGUACUGCAGGCCCUGAUCUGUCACGUCGGGCAGGUGAGCGGGGGGCUGUUGGUUGGCCACCAUGUCCGCAACCAUCGCCUGGCACUCCGCCACACCGGCCCGACCAGGCACGUCGGCUGCCCGGCCCUCCCUCCCGAUGCCAAGCUCCAGCAGCUCCACAGCACACCGCAGCAGACGCCAGUAGGUGACGGUGACUCCCGUGGCAGCGUCUCCUUGGGUGUCGGUGAUGCGCAGUAGAGAGAGGAGUGUCUCUGCGAUGGCGUGAGUGAGGCAGAGGGUGGGGCUGGGAGGGAGGAGGCUGCUGUCCGCCUGGUAGUAGAGCUGCUGGUUGAGGUAGCGGGCCACCCACGCGCCGAUGCUGCCAUGACUGGCUGGUGUUGCAGCGUCGACCUGCCGUCUCUUGAGCAGGUCGCGGUUGUGGCACACGACGGUGAGGCAGAAAUAGGUCAAGGCCUCCGGGCAGCGCUCCAUCACUGUCGCUGGCAGCACGGCGUCCCGCUCCUCAUCGCCGCUGUCCUGGUCUUCGGCCUGGAAUCCCUCCUGUGGCUCGUGGUGUGGUGGUCUGUAUGUGUUGAGGUUGCACGACAGGGGGUCCUUGAGGCUGCUGGCGAGGAGGGAGAAGAAGGGGCUGUCCCACCGCAGCAGCGGCCACUCGUGCACCAAGAAGACGGCCAGGCGGCGACAACGACACGAACGUGCGAUGUGCCUGAGAGACAGACAGACGACACACAUGUCGAGAUGUCACCGGUGUGGAUCAGUGGGCGGGCUGGCGGCAGGCAUGUGCGUGGGUCUUUUGCAUUUUCCCCUUACGCGAGCGGCUCAGCGACUUUGCCCAUAGCUCUCUGACGCCCCCAGCCGGCCCCCCACGCACACACCACCUCUGUGGCCAUGAGUAAGGUCUUGACUUCAUCGGCGACCGGUGCUGCCGCUGCUAUGCUGGCGACCUGUGCCUCCAAAUGAGGCCGCAGGAUGGCUUGGUGGACCACCAGUGACGGGUGCUGGCAGAGAAACGCGCACAGGAACCUCACCCACAACAGCUGGAAGCCAGAAUCGACACCUGAUGACAGCAGAGUGGCAGUCACGGAUACGCACAUGCCACUGGAUGCACACAGAACUUACCGGGGAGUCUGGAUGCCGCCCCCAUGCUGUCCGCCAGCUCCUUGACGCACCGCUCCGCCCCACUGGAGGCCGCUGCGUCGUUGGACAGACAGUGGGCGAUUGUGAUGGCCCACUGCAUCCCCUCCCUGAUCUCAUGGAGGGGGCUGGAGCCUGGCGCCUCCGGGAAGAGCUCCCCCGUGUCCGCAUCGCUCACAAACGGCAUACCGAGCCCUGAGCAAGCAGGGCAGACAACGUCCGUCACAACAGGCCUGUCUUCGCUGCGCCGACCUGUGCCAGCAACCUACCUUUGAAGCAUUUGGCAACGGCAGGCUUGGUCUUGGAGACCUCCCCUUCCCUCCUCGGCCAGCUCAGCAGCGAUGUCAGCAGCCUCAAGAGCGCCAACCGCAGAUUCGCCCGCAGCUCAGGCAGCCCCGCGAUCACCUCACUGGCCCCGUUUGUCAGCUCAGCCAGAGCCCCGAGGGCCCGCAUGCAGCCUUUCCCCUCUGCGCGUCUCGCUUCCUGUAUCUCCGGCAAGUCUGCCGCCACCUUAGGUGCAUGAGUGUAGGGGGCGGCGAGAGGCGUGAGGGCGUCCCUGAAGGUGGUGGUCUGUGUGGGGCCUCUGCGGUCGGCUGAGGGCCAGAUGAGCUGCGUCGAGAGGUGGGGGAAUGUCGUCAGGAUGGCGUGUGCGGCGAGGGUGCAGGACUUGACAAGUGCGUGGGCGAUCUGCGCCUUGAGAUUCUGUUGGGGUAUGAGGCCGGGGAAUGCAUCCCUGAUGUGUUGGAAGAACAUGUCCUUGGCCUCACGCCACGACUGCGCUGCAAUCUGAACACGCCACGCACAGCAAAACGAUUGAAUGAGCCCUCUAGCUAUUGUUUCUUUUUCCCUGCGGCCAUAUGAAUGACCUGGGUAAUGUGAAAGCACCGCAACACGCACUGCCAGUCGUCCGGCACAUGGCCAUCACCCCCCAUCGCCCCAUCUGCCACUGCAUACGCCUGCCGAACGGCACCGACGAGGGACUGCAGUGACAGCCACAGCUGCCGAACCGCCGUGUUGAGGCGCCGCUCCAGCGCAGCCGAUAUCUCCUGAGAGGCCUUGACGCGCGCCAUCUCCUUGAGACAUCCAUCUAUCUCGCCCACCCACACGUCGAUGGCAAGGAGAGUGACGACCCGACACUUAGACACUCUCGCGAUUGCCGGCUGUUGACCGUCUCCAGCUGGCACUGCGCGUGUGGCCGUCUCGAGCUGCUGCAGGUGGGCCAUCAAGCAGGCAAACACGGGGCGGAUGAGGUUGAUGGUCUCCUGCACUCUGGCGAGCUUCCUCCUGUCAGCCCUGAUGAAAUCUUCCAUCCCGGCGGGCAGAUCUUGGCCGUUGGCCGGGCCGAGCCGCUGCUGCAACCACGCUGCGUCGGAAAUGAGGGUGGCGAGGAGGGUGUUGGUGUUGCCAAUGUGCUUCUUGACGGUGGAGUUGGCUGUGGGGUUGGCCGCGGCCGCCGUGCCAUGGACGAUGGUAGACUGCAGCCAUGCCAGGAGGGCCGAGGGGACAUCCACCUCGUGUGGCGAGUCGGGGACGGGUGGCUGUCUGAGAAGCUUGGCAGCCGACCGUGGGUCGUGACGCGACACAGCGGCGAUGAGAGCUAUGGCGAUCUUGAUGGGAUGGUCGAGCCGGUGUGCCCUUGGCGACGCGCCAUCAUCGACAGAUCCGUCCUCACCCACCAGCACCCCCUGAAGCAACCACACACACACGUCGACCGCGAGACGUGUAGAUGCGUGGCGUCGCAUCCAUUCAUACCAGUAGGGGCUCGUCAACUUCCCUCGUCUGGUCCUCUCGCUGGGCGUCGGCGGCUACAGCACCCUGCGACCCGCCCUGGUCGGUGCGGGGCGUCAUCUGCCUGGCCAUGCCGCCGACCAGCUGCCACGCACUCCGCAGCACACGUGUCAUGUCGAAGCUGCGCGGGAGCAGAAUGCGAUCGUCCUGAACGUACGAACGAACGAACGAACGAAGGAACGAACGAACGAACGGACAAACGAAAAGCCAUACAGUGCUCUCCAAACUGCGGUCCUCCCCACCUGCUGGUUCGUUGCGCCAAAGAGGAAGCGGCCCAGAAGUUGCGACAGCUGCCACUCGGAGGCGCCCUUGUCCAAACGCUUGGCCACCUCCCGGGCUAUCUGCUGCGUCAUCGGCUGCCGCCCCUCGCCCGCACCAGUGAGCGCAUCUAGGCUCCACAGACGCACCGCCAGUCUGCCGAACCCCCAGCAAACGCGAAACCACUCCCUCUCAGCGCCCUCAAUCGCUUGUGGAGGUGAUGGAAACUCAAGCAGCGCGCUGCAGUGCGCCGAGGUGGAGGCGAGCCGCUUUGUGGCGCAGUUGAGGGCAGCUGUCUUGACGGGCAGGCCGACAGGGGAAGAGCGGUCACCCAAGUACGCAGCGACCAACAGAGCGACGUGCCACCGAUCGUCUGCGCGGUCGUCACGCGCAAGGGCGAACAGCCGGUCCACUAUGGCGGUGGCCAUCUCGUCGGUUGACGCCAGGCGGCACAGGAGACCCAGCAGUUUGAGCUGCUGCAGCGCCACUGGGGCAGCCGCAGAGGUGGUGUGCGCGGCCUGCUCCCGUCGCUGCCCAUGCCUCUCCUCCCCCUGCCGUCUCUGGGCCUCCCUCCUCUCCCUCUCGCGCCGCAGCUGUUCUAGCCCUCGAUUGUCCAUCUCACGACGGGACAGAUACAGCUCGGGGUCAAACGGGCGGCCUCUCCGACGCCGCCCAUCCGUCGGGUCCUCCUGGUGGUCGAAGAGUCCAUCGCUUGGCUCGGGCUUGGCGGGUUGGUGGGGCUGCCAGGCAUCGGGCAGCAGGGUGAUGCAGCGGUCGAGAAGUGAGCGGAAGGGGUGGUAGAUGUUGGGCUCGUGGGAGAAGACCCCAUCGAUGGCGGCGGGUAGCUCAUCCGGGUUGUGGUGAGGGAGCUGGGUGAGCCACGUAGAGAAAAGGGACAACGCGUCCUCUCCCCCUCCCGUCUCAGUGGCAGCCUCCCCCUGCCUCCGCGCCCCCGGCCUCCCCUCCUCCCCCUUCAAUCGUUGCCAUGCAGCCCACAGCGCAGAUCUCAGCUUGACGCCCUGCUCUGACCACGACCAUCCGCUGUCCUCCACGCCCAUCCUCUCCCGCAGACGCAGCCUUUGAUCCAGAGGCAGACGCUUAUAGGAUGUGGCGGUGUCGGAUGACGGGAUGAUGAGCGUGCCGUGGCUGCUCGACGCCAGCCGAAGGAAGAGCCGACUGCAUGGGUCCUCCUCGAGCGUGCGGAUGGCGUCCGACCACGGAGGAAUGGUCCUUGGGUCCACUGCUGCCUCGGGGGGUGGCGCGUCCGCUGUCUCAUCCUCGCCGUCUGGACCGGCCGACUCGUCCUCACCAUCAUGAUGCAUCCGAUGCCUGGCGUCCCUCUCUCUGUGCCCGGCACGUCGCUGUUGCCUCCUCCCUCCCCGAUGGACUCGCCUCUCUUUGUGGCCCUCUGCGUGCCGUCCUGGCGCCUUGGCUUGCCGCCGACGCCGUCGGCCGGGGGGUUUGCGAUUGGCGGGGCUAGGUGAGCGGAGGGGGGCAUCCUGGGGUGGUCCAAACAGACUGUCAUCGGAGUCGGAUGCGCCGAAGAGACCGGUGUCAUCCAUGAGGUCGCUGGAUGAGCCGCUGUCCUCCUGUCGGCCCAUGCCGCCGCGUUGCCCCCUUCGCUGUUGAUUGAGGAAUCGAGAGAGGUGAGGGCCUCUCUCACCGCACUUCUGGUCCUUCUGGGAGCUCUUGACAUUCUUGCGCUCUCUGCCUCUGGCGUAGUUGUGCUGUGCCACCCGCUCGAAGGCAUGCUUGUCAUCGUCGAACAGAUUGUUGAUGUUGUAGUAGAAGGUGGGAGAUGGAGCUACGGCAGCGCGGCCGGCGAAGUCUGACAAAAGGAGAGAGAUGGGGGACAUCUGCUUACUGUGAGGGCUGACGGAUGGGGUGCAGUGUCUGUGUGCGUACCGUCGUGUCCGCCUUCAUCCUCCUCGUCAUCAUCCACUAUGUCUACUGGGGAUUCUGAGCUCGCUCGCGACCGCCUGCGAUGCCUCUUCCGGCCACCAUGGCCACCUCUCCUCCCGCCGCCACCCUCACCCUCCUUCUUUGCAGGCCUCCUUUGCCUCUGUCGCUCCUUCUGGCUCACACCGCCGCCGCUGCUGCCGCUCUCACUCGAUGUGUCGUCACUGUCACUGCUGCUGUCGCUCGACGAUGAGUCCACCUCCAUCUCGGCGGGCUGACCGUCGGGCUGGGCGUCCAUAUCGUCGUCGCCAUCUGCUGCCUUGGCGCUUGCUGUCCUCGGGCGUUUCGGAGGCGGGGUGUUGGGGCGUGGGGAUGACGGCCUCUUGCGGGGUCUGGGCUUCUCGGAAUGAGCUUCUCCGUCCCUGGGGAAAUACACGACUGCAGUGUGUUGGUUGUUCCCAACCGACGCACCUCGGGUGAGCAGCCCGUGCCUUCUUCCUCCUCCUCUUGUCCACAUCGGGGUGCGCCGGUGCUCUGGGCUGCUGCGACGGUGGGUGCCAGGUGCUCGCCGCCUGAUGGUACAGCCGCCACACCUCGCCCAGCAGCAGCUCUGUACGGGUCGUCAAGGCCUGCAGGCAGGCAAGGAAAGGAAGAAUGGACAUAUAUCAGUGUGGUGUGCGACAAGCGGGAUCACUUCAUCCACCAUACUUCCUCCUUAUGCUCACCUUACCUCAUCCAGUGCCAGGUCAUACGCCGCCACGACCUUGUCGGUCAGUUGCUUGGCAAACGUCGGCCGCACCCGUGGCAGGGACUCAUCACCGCCGGCCUUGUGCAGCCUCUUGCACCCCUCGGCGGACUCCGUCCACACCAACAGGGCCAACAGACGCCACAGCUCCACCCCCCAGCCCUCCACACCAAGCGCCUCAUUGACGGCACGAAUCAUCUGCACACCUUUGCGCAAGACCUCCUGGGCGCUCUGGCUGGUGGCGUCGACUGUGCGGCCUGAAAGCUGCUGCGCCGGCUGAUGCUGCAGAGCCUCGACGACGUCGAUGAGUGUGCCGGGUGCGAUGGGACCGGGCGGGUCAGCUGUGCGAAGGCGCUCCUGUAUGCUGCACAGAUGGACGACUUGAGCUGCCAUGUGUGGCGGCAGGGGCUGGUGCGGUUGCUCCAUGCCACCAGAUGGAUGAAUCUCACCACACUGAAGGCAACGAGCGAGUCCGCAGCUGCGGGCAGGAGAUGCGAAGCUGCCAGUGACUCAUCAUCUUCAUCAAUCCGCCACCAAUCACCGUUCAUGAAUGAGAUCUGUUUCCUCCUCCUGCUGUAGGUUGGCGUCUAGGCAGAGUUGCCUUCCU